AUGGCCUACGAGGCCGCGGUGGCGUGCCCCUCUUCAUCCACCUUGCUCGCUAUCCUUCACGCGGUCUUCGGCGCCUCCAGCAAGCACGCGGCAGCUGUGUCAGCGGAGGUGGUGCGGGGCCCGUUCUGGGCAGGUUUUUUGGCGGGACUUGUGCUGACCUUUGUGGCGAUGUUUGUGGUCAUGCGGGGCCUUGUGACGUCGCUGUUCCGCCGGCCGUUGGCGAAGUGCCGCUCGUUGCGCAGCCUUGCGGCGACCGGUGAGCCGGUGAAGAUGGCGCUUGUCGUCCGAAGGGAUCUGAAGAUGAGCAACGGCAAGAUCGCCGCGCAGUGCGCCCAUGCCGCGGUGGCCAUUGUCGAGGAAAUUCUGGCCUGCAAGUCAACCGCGGCGACGAGCCCGCGGUCCGCCCUGAACCCCGUGUCCGCGUUAUGGGUGCAGUGGUAUGACGCGUGGAGCGCCAGCGGCUGCUCGAAGGUGGCCCUGCAGUGCCCUGAUGAGGCCGCCAUGAUGGCGCUGGCGAAGCACGCGCGGCAGAUGAACCUGCCUCACUACGUCAUCCGGGACGCCGGCCGCACGCAGGUGGCGCCGGGUAGCAAGACCGUCGUGGCCGUCGGGCCGGGGCCGAAGAGUUUGGUGGACGAGGUGACUGGGCAGCUGAAGCUGCUCUGA